AUGAACCCCCGUGAUGCGGCGUCAGAUGCGGCAGCAGCUGCGGCCAUCGAGGCUUUUCGCCAGCUAACAAUCGAGAUAUGGACCCUCUAUGCGGUUGGAGUGAUGUCCACGAUAUUGAGGACGUACGCUCGCAUUCGGGCUGUCGGGGUUCGAAACCUUCGAGCUGACGACUACCUGAUGUGGCUCGCCAUUCUUUUCUACACAGUACAGUCGUCCCUAGGAUACAGCAUUGGUCACGCCGCAAAUGGCCUCGCGAACAACAGCAUGACAGAUGCAGAACGCAUGGCACUGAGCUCCUCAGAUCCCGAAUUUCAACUUAGAGUUCUAGGGUCAAAGAUUCAGGUUGCCGGCUGGACAAUCUAUUCGACCCUGAUCACUGUGCUCAAGCUUUCCAUGCUGGCUUUUUAUAUUCGACUCAUGGAAGGACUUGGACGAUCGUAUCAGAUUCGAAUUUGGGUUGGCUUCGCCAUCGUUAUUAGCAGCUAUCUCGCCGUCAUAAUAUCCAUUUUCGCCGGGUGUCGACCCUUCAAUAAAUAUUGGCAGAUUCAUCCUGACCCUGGAAACGUCUGCCAAGCUGCCGUCUCUCGGCCGAUCGUCUGGUCAGGUUUUGCUGCCAAUGUUGUCACUGACAUCUACCUCAUCUGCAUUCCUCUCCCGAUGCUCUGGAGCUCUACUUUGCGAAUGGUCAAGAAAAUUGCUUCGACAAUUGUCCUGGGCGCGGGAAUAUUCGUUCUCGUAUGCGCCACCCUGAAGAGUGUCUUCGUCUUAGUGGACCCCGUCAACGGACCUCAGCUUGCAGGUUCAUGGGGUAUCAGAGAAGCGUUCACGGCCGUUAUGACAACAAACUUGCCCAUGAUCUUCCCACUCUUCAAGACAUGGCUCCGUCCUUGGUUCGAGAGCGCCCUUCGCUCCUCGGAGAAAGCAUACAACUACAGAACCCCAAACGGAUUCCAGACAAUAGGAGGCGGCGGUCCCGGCGGCAGCAAAUCAUUCAACAGGAACAAUCGUAGUGGGCCAGCGAGCGAAACCCACAUCACCGCCAACAUGACAUUCAGCGGUAGCGAGGAACAGAUUAUUGAUGACGUGAAGAUGCAGAACUUCAAUGUUACCACAGGGCCUAUUUCGGACUCGGAUGGCCAGCCCAAGUCCGGUAUAAUCAUUUCAAAUCAGGUCGAGGUCACGACAGAGGUGCGAGGGGGCCAGCCGCAGAACCCAGCAGGAGUCCACGAAUCGUGGUAG